AUGGAUCGGCGUUGGAUGAAAACAGCACGCAUAACUGAAGAGUACGAAAAUGGGGUUGAAGGUUUCUUAAAAUUUGCUAAAGAUAAUGCACCCGACAAUGGUGGACUAUACUUUUGUCCUUGUGUUAAAUGUUUGAAUGGGCGACGACAAUGUGCGGAUGACAUUAGAACACACCUUAUCUAUUAUGGUAUCUGUCCUACUUAUACAAAAUGGAUAUGGCAUAGUGAGUUACCAGAAAUGUCAUCAACCUCUCCAACUGCUCCAGUUGAUGAACAAGGUGGCGAUCAUAUAGAAGACAUGCUAUGUGAUCUUGGACAAGAGGGUUUUAGGAAAGCAAAUGCACCGUAUUAUGACACCUUAGAUAAUGAUUCAAAGAUUCCAUUGUUUAUUGGAUGCACUAAGUGCACACGGUUAUCAGGGGUGCUAGCUCUGGUCAAUUUGAAAGCAAGAUUUGGGUGGAGUGACAAAAGCUUCAAUGAAUUACUGUUGUUAUUGAAGAAUAUGCUUCCGGGAGAUAACACGUUACCGAAGACUCAUUACGAGGAAAAGAAGAUAUUAUGUCCUGUUGGAAUGGAAUACCAAAAAAUACAUGCUUGUCGUAAUGAUUGCAUUUUGUAUAGACAUGAGUUUGCUUAUUUGCGCAACUGCCCUACAUGUGGGGUGUCAUGCUACAAAGUGGGUUCUGGUGCUUACAGUGAAGCUGCAUCCACAUACAUUGAUCGGCCAACAAAAGUGUGUUGGUAUCUUCCAGUAAUAUCGAGGUUUAAGCGAUUGUUUGCUAAUGCAGAAGAUGCGAAGCACCUAACAUGA